UCCUUCAUUUUACCUCCGCAUCCGUCCGUCCAUUACGACAUUCCGACUCAUCUUCAACCAAACUUCAACCUCAAGGCCUCCUCUUCAUAGACUUUUGGCGGGAUCGCGUCAGCAUGCUUGCUCUUCAGCUAUAUUCUCUCUCUUCGACCUUCGAUAUUGCGACCCGACCUCCAUUGCUUCAACCUCACUACUGAUCUUUCGCGACAAAAGUCCCAUCUGGUCCUCUUCCGGCGACUGCCGUGCUCCUCCGAAAUGGCCAGUAGUCGCGUCACUCCUCGUCCUACCCCAGUCCACCACACUCACCCGCCGCGGUCUCGAUCUCCGGACCGACCAAUUCCCGACUAUGAGCAUAUUGAUCCCCUACUCGGCAGCCUUUCCCCCGAAUCGACACUUCGAGCGCUUACUUCGACCAACGCCGUCCCAAAGAACGAGAAAGUCGCGCAUGACAUUCUUUCCCAGAGCAUCGCCCAGGUCUCUCCCGCCGAGAGAGCUCUCGCAAUUCGCGCCGCAGUUGUCGCUCAAAAAUUGAAUCUGUGGUACAAGGAAAUUCAGUCAUGGAGUUGGCCGAAGCACACCGACGAGGAGAAAGGGCUGGGUUUUACUCCCCCAUCCGAUCCCACCAAUGAAGAAUACUAUGGGAGCCUGCCUGCGGCUGUGGUGGAAGAACACGAGAAGCGCAUUGAGGAGAUUCGAGAUGAAAUGGACGUGAUUGACAUGGACGAGCUCAAAGAGCACGUUCUCAAUGCCCACAUUCCAGCCCGGUCUCGGCCAUCGUCCGCUAACAGCAGCUUGUCCGUUCCUCCUACAUUCUCCUACGUUCAAUUGAGUGAUUUCACGGCCGUCAUUACUGCCACUAUCCUUCGAGCUCUCCCUCUUCUAUCGCGCCUGACGAAUCUUCUUUCGAUUUGGAACGUUCGUCUACUGGUCCUGCGUCAAAUACCAGGUUUGCUUCACAGCCUGCGUCUCGCGCGCUCGGAAUUGGAGGCUGCAUUGGAUCUCUUGAAGGCUUCCGAGCCCCCUAGCGAGAAGGACCCCCUGUUUUCCCGCGCAAACUACCAUGCCACGCGCGCCCAACUAGAAGCCACGGUUGUCUCCGCUGGCCGCAGAUUAGAUUGCGUGCUCGAUGCUUUGGAUGACUGCGAAGAUUCUAUCCCGGACUGCUGGAUCGAUGACCUUGAAAGUAUUGAGUCAGAAUUUGGUACCUGGACCAUGCAAGCAGAGCAACGUACCGUGGACAAUGAGUGGCAGCGCGUGACGGCCAUUGCCCAGAAGGACGUUUAUCUCGACACAGGCAAGGACACCUCCGACCAGCUCUCUAUAGAUGAUAUCCGAGACGAAGAUCGAUCUCUCGCCUCGUCCGGCCCGGUAGUGCAGACAGGUCACUCAUUCCCUAUGGAGACCAUUGACGAAGAAGAGACAAGCACUCCUGUCCAAGCCAAGCUUGACGAUUCCGGACAGGAUGAACUGAAAAUUCCCGAUUUACCGACUAUCAUGGACACGACUUCUGCCGACAUCGAUGAUACUACUUCAUCUGCAGUUUCGGACGUUACCAACAUGCCUGCUGCGCUGACUUCCAGCAAUGCGACAGCCACUAUCUCUCAAACUUCCAUUGACUCGAUUUCCUGCCCUGUCACUGUUGCUUCCUCUACAACCAGUCUUGACCAGACAGAGGCUGUGCUUCCACUUGAAGCAAAUCCAUCUACUCCCCCUGUUGUGGUGAGCUUGGAUAAGUCGCAAGGCUGUGAGAGUCAAUCUGACGAAGAGAAGUCUCAUGAUGAAGUACUCCGCGCGCGGGAGACUCCAAAUGGUUCCUGUGGACAGCCGAUUAACUCUCAGAUGGCUGAGCAGAAGGUUCCAGCUUGCGAGGACAUCACAUCGCCUCUCGAGAUCUGCUCGGGCUUCAAGGAUUCCGCACGCAGCUUGGAAUGUCCGCAGGACAGUCGAUCAAUUGUUGAUCAUCGUGAUAUGCUCUCGAGCGUAGAAGAGGCAGAAGUUCCUCGUCACACUCAAAAGUCCACUUGUCUUUCGCCCCCGGAAGAUAACCUGCAGCCUCCGAAUAGCCCACAGACAGACACUGGCAGUGUCAUUAUACGGCGGCACAGCAGUGUAUCCAUGUCUCCCCAGACUCAUGUCAAGCGUGGUUUCAAGCCUGAAGAAGUCCUUGUGCCUCACACAACAAACCCAAAUGGCCUAGUUGAACUUGUUGGAAAUCUACCGUCUUCGCUGACCCUGGAUGAAGCAACCUCGCUAGCAAAUGACGCGGGUCAGCAUGAGCUGACCGAGGCUACUGGACGAAAGUCCUCUAGUCUGGCAAAAUCAGUAUCCGCUCUCAGCAAUGGUUCCCUUGGAACAUCAGCAGAGUCGGUCAUUGCAACCAGUGAUGAACAUGUUCCUGUGCGAACUUUAUCCGUCUCUCAGAGGGAAACGAAUGACGAGCCUACCCCAAAGAAGCCUCUCGAGAGUCCGAUAAAACUUUCCAAGGACAGACCUGGCUCCUUGAUCUUCGAUGCAGAUCGCGCGGACGCUCGGCCUAGGCGCAUGUCGAUCGGUUCUUCUAUCUCGGAUUAUCCGUCGCUUGUGUCAAGCCCGGAAAUGCGCGAGCCACAUGGGUCUUCAUCCAAUGGUACCCCUCUGCUACUUGAGACUCCCCCGCCAUUCAAGGCUGAUUACCAGAAGUCUGAUCCUGUAGCACCUGGCAGUGAUCACACGCUGAGAGAAGAUCGCCUCUUCCGACUGGACAGUCAGAAAUUGUCCCCGCGUACAGAGUUAACGCAGAACAGAAAUCUCAGUCUUCCCCUGCAGCGUUUUAUUAAUGAGAGGUUAGAGCUAACCUUCGGAGACGCAAUUGGCGGGAAGACUGAAAGUACUGCAACCACCCAAGGGCCUUCAGAUGUGUUUUCCAAUCUACACCCUGCCCUAAAGAACUGCUCUUUGCCGUCUCAGGCUGGUAGAUUUUCAGCCUCAGGCAAGAACAUACGGGAUUCCCCCAGUCAGUCACCCGAGGUUACUCGUGAAGAGAGCCUCAAGCCGGGCACGGGUGGCAUUGCGAAGACGCUGCGCGAAGCUUGGGAACACACUAAGAGCCCUGGCUCAACAGCCCCGAUCCCCAAGGCCCCGGCAGCGCCACUAGAACAAUUCAACGCAAUGCGUUUGAAGAGGCAAUUGACUUCGCAUCGUAGUCUCGAGAGCAUUGGAGCGUAUCUUCCAGCAACUCGAUCUAGCGAUGAGACUUUAUCCAUUCCAGGUUUUGGUUUUCUUAAGGCUGCAUCGGGGUCGUCCACCCCGACCACACAAAUGAGGAAAUCCAAGGAUCAUUUGGAUGAGAAGAUUUCCUCUAUUUUGACUGCCCUCGAUGCUCGAAUUCAUCUAGUGUCUGCGGACAGCGAGCACGAUGGGCAAUCAACUGCAUCGCACCCAAUGAAGCAAAGAGAGCGCUUUCGCUCUAUCUCCCCUCAGGGUUCGCCAGCUCGUAGCAGCACACCAACUCCCUCGUUAACCAUCACCCCCGCCGUAUCCCGCCGGCGCUAUUCCCAUGCACAUGCUCCAGAAGAAAGCUCCGUGAAGCUCUAUCAUCUGCACCGGGGCGGCAAGUCUGCCCCGACCAAGCUGUUUGUGCGGUCAGUCGGCGAGAACGGCGAGCGCGUCAUGGUUCGGGUUGGUGGCGGAUGGGCGGACUUGGCUGAAUAUCUGAGAGAAUUUGCCGUUCAUCACGGACGUCGACACGUUUCGGACACGCCUUUGGUUGAGGUUCAAGGACUCUCCCGUACCUCUCCCACGUCUCCGCCCAGAAGUAGAUUAGCUCCUGCUGCCAGUGGACGAAGAACUCCUUCUCGACCGCCUUCUGUCCUCAGCAAUCGACCAGCAUCUUCUUUGGCUGUGCGCAAAACCCGGCGGACCUCCAACGUCUCAGAUAUGGCCGAGUUCCGCACUUCAACCAUUUGCGAGGCGCUGAGUGCUUCAUACUCACCUCUGUCGACUGUUUCGCGGCGUCGACUAUCAACUUCGUCCAAUGCCUCGAUGGGUGCGUCCUCAGCAAGCGAGUUUCGGCAUGGAUCAUCAUAUUCUCCCUCGAACACCGCCGCAGGAGCUGGUACCCACACAACGCCCUUGGGCCUCGCAGGGCCGCGUCCAAGGCACGUCUCGAUCAGUGCCGAAAGUGAGGCCUGGGUAGAAGACGUACUUGGACAGGCCCGACGGAGCUCUUCUCUACGUCCUUAUACCUAUGGUCUGCCGCUUCAGGAGCAGGAGCCUGUUCCGGACAAGGCACCUGUGAUCUCGAAGUCCCGGAGUAUCAGCGACCUGGGGACUGCCGGCUCCAGCCGGCGGGUCGCUCUCCGUGGACUUGGGAAACGUUAAUCGUUGCCCAGCUUUAACCUCUACCCCCAUUUUGUUCCGACAUCCUAAACAUCUUUCUAACCUCUUCCCCCUGGAUUAUUUGCUCGUCUACUAGCACUGGCGUUGGCCGUUACCUGGAUCUUUUACAUGUUUGGUCGGUGUCUCGGACAAGAGACGGGUGCAUAAA